AUGUUAGAUCCGUUGGUGCCUACGGCUGUUUAUAAAGCUCCUGAUUUCACUGAAGGACAGAAGUUUCAUCCUGGUGAAGGUCCUCAUACAACGAAUGGGAAGACUACCCAAAUUUCAGAUAUUGUAAUAAAAGCUGGUGGUGAAGACAGAGACAAACCAAGCGAUGCUAAAGACACACAAUUAGGACAAUUGAGAGCAAAAUUAACCACUUUGCAAGAUCAAUUAAAUAUUUUCUUAACUAAAAGAAUGGAUCACGAGAAAAGUAGAUCGCAAGAAGAGAAGGAUUUGGAAAGACAGGUCUUAGACGAAGGAGUUGAUGACGAUAGUGAUUAG